UCUCCCACAUGUGGCUGUGCUAACGUUAGCAGAGUAAUGUUGUAGUUUUCUUUUCCUUCUUGGACUCUUGGAUGUGUGGAAAUGUCCGGGUUUGAGGAUCUUAAAGCUUUAUUCGGACGGAGGCUGCUCGCUGCGGUUCUCAGAGACCAGAGAGGACGAGAAACAAGAUCUGAAUACGAAGAGGAGCUCCACCGCCAGAGAAAGCUGCUGGAUGUGAUUUUAACCCCUGAGAUAAAGCUGCACAGAGCAGUGCUUCCUGCAGACGCCCAGCAGCUGUUGGUGAUUAAAGAAGAGAGCCCCCAGGAGGACACUGAGCCCCCACUCAUUAAGGAGGAAGAGGAGGAACUGUGGAUCAGUCAGGAGGGAGGGCAGUUUCAAGGACUGGAGGAGGCUGACACCAAGUUCCUCUUCAGUUCUUCCUCUGUGAAGAGUGAAGAUGAUGAAGAGAAACCUCAGUCCUCACAGCUUCAUGAGAGACAAAAUGAAGAGAUGGAAACAGGAGCCAAUGGAGCAGAACCAGCCAGGAUCUCGGAUCCAGAGAAACAUUUACAACCAGAGACUGAGGCCAAGACUGUAGAGAGUUCUGGAGGAGAGACCGAUGACAGUGAUGAUUGGAGGGAGACCAGAGAACAUCAGUCAGGUUUAAACUACUUGACACAACACACACGAAUUCAUACAGGAGAGAAACCCUUCAGCUGUUCUAUUUGCAGCAAAAGAUUUACACUGAAGAAUAAUAUGAACAGACACAUGAGGAGUCACACAGGAGCAAAACCCUUCAGCUGUUCUGAGUGCGGUAGAAGUUUCUGUGAGAGAGGAAGUCUGAAAAAACACAUGAGGAUUCACACUGGAAAGAAACCCUUCAGUUGUUCUGUUUGCAGCAAAAGAUUAACACGGAAAACUUAUUUGAAUGCUCACAUGAGGAUUCACACAGGAGAGAAACCCUUCAGCUGCUCUGACUGUGGUAAAGGUUUCUUAGACAGAGGAAGUCUGAGCAGACACAUGAGGAAUCACACAGGAGAGAAACCCUUCAGUUGUUCUGUUUGCUUCAAAAGAUUUACACAUAAAAAUCACAUGGACAGUCACAUGAUAACACAUUCAGUAGGGAAACCCUUCAGCUGCUCUGAUUGCGGUAAAGGUUUCUGUGACAGAGGAAGUCUGAGCAGACACGUGAGGAUACACACAGGAGAGAAACCCUUCAGUUGCUCUUUUUGUGGUAAAAGAUUUACACAAAAAAGUAAUAUGUUUGCCCAUAUGAGGAUUCACAGAGAAGACUCAAUUUGUAUGGGCUAG